AUGGCUGCGGAGGCACAAAAAUCUUUGAUUGCAUUGGGAUAUAAAAAUUCAAAACUACUUGGCGUUUACAAUACAAAGGAAAGUGAUCAGGAAUUAAUCACUGCACUCAAAGAAAGGCAAUGGGAUGCAAUAUCAAUUGGCGGUUAUGUCAACGGAUAUGAUCAAACUGUUCAAUUUAAUGAUAAAAAUGUGCCAAGCGAUCGACUCGAAAUACUCUUUUGGUUCAAUCGUGUUCUAAAUAUAAUACAUGAAUUAGCACCAAAAUCAAAAAUUAUUCUUGUUAAAUCACCACAAGAUAUACACGAUGGAAUUCAGCGAAUCAUGGGAGUCGAACAAAAAUAA